AUGCAACCGAAGGCGCUGGAGACACAGCCAGAGGCGGAAACCAAAAACAGGGACUACUCCGCCCGGAUACAGGGUGCACUCCAAAGCUCUAUAUUUUCGAUUGGUGAUCUCUUCACGGACACCAGAGAUGGAGGAAAGGGUGUGCGGUUUCCCAAGGAUCUGCUGAAGGUACUGGAACAGAAGCUGCAGGACAUUGCUAUGGGCAAAGAUGCCGCUUAUUCCGACCAGCUCACACGACGGACUAUGGCUGUCUUCUAUGGUCAAGUGAAGGACGAAAACUUCCGGCGACAAAUGAAAGAAAAUCGCAAGAUCGAAGAACUCAUUCUUAUGUUCGCAACGAAUGCCACAAAUAUCCUCAAGAAGGAACCUAGUUUAGCGGGUGACGGCUGGAAAAUCGAGUUGAACAAGCACAUCGCCCACUUUAUUCGUCUUCUGCGAGAUUGUCUGCGUCACGUCAGUCAUGUCCCGCCGGAGUUAACCUCAAGGUUAGACAUGUACACCGAAAAAUUGGCACCGUCACAAGCAGCUAGUGAUUCUGGAUACGAUUCAUCAUCCACCUCUCGCGAUCGUGAUUCGGUGGUCCCCAUGAAAGCCAAGCGCGUCAGCCAGAAUUUAUCGGAGAUGUCGCUAGUAACGACAGCUGCGCAACUGUUCAAGUUGCCCGAUUUUGCAGUACAGAAAGAAAUUGAUGAAAUCUCAAAAUAUUGCACAGGGAAGGCAGCAUUAACAGAUUUGAAGGCGAGUCAUUCACUGAAAUGGGCAAGCUUCCCGGGCCGACGAGAAGAUUUCGCUAGUGAGGCUGCCUGGCAACACUGGCGAACAUUGGAAACUUCUCAUAUCUCACAGCUGAUGAUGGUCAUGGUGCAGGUCAAUCCUGAACUUGCCAAGUCCUCAUCGUCAGAUCCCUCUCCAUCCGAGGCUCGCCCUGUUUCGGUAUACUCACAGAUGUCAGCGCGGCCUGACUCGUUCUAUGCAUCGGGAACCUCGCGACAUGCAUCUAUCAGCAGUCGACAUUCUCUGGUACACACAAACAGUAUCUCGUCUGAUGAUUUUGGCACCAUCGGCGAGGGCGUCGACGGUGAUGAGGACAUUCCCGUCGGUCAUCACUUCACCUUCAUCCCUCCUAAUCCUAGGCGGUACUACCGAAGGUUGCUUGAGCAUUGUUUGAUUGCUGACCUAGAAGCUAUGCUGAGCCCGACGGUAGGUGACGAUGACGAGGUUUCAUUAGGAAUUCUCUCUGCAUCGCACAUUGAGCUCAUUAAUGAGUGUGCACUGCGGUGGCGAAUCGGCCAACCGUACCGCGUCUCGUGUUUCCUGGACUUGGUCAAACAAUUCUACGAGCGUAACGAAGUUCCACUGGAGUGUAUUCCAGAAGCGCUACAGAACAUAUCUAAGGUCAUACACGAAAUGGAUCUGGACAAAUGGCCUGUUCAAGAUCGCGAGUACUUGGGGCAAAUUUAUGGCAGUCUAUUCAGCAUAUUCCUGUCGGCAUUCUAUCAUGCCAUGGAUGCACUCCCUAAUUUGAAACCAUCUGAUAUUGCGCCCUAUGUACAUAUCCUUGAGACAGUGCGGGAUAGCGGUCUCCUUGCGCAGUACGACGUGGAUGUCUCUGCACGUCUGAAAGACGUCCAGGAACAAGUGCGAUCCGUUUCAGCCCGCUUUUAUGAGCAGAAAAGUCGCGAUCUACAGGCUACACCAGGAGUCAAUAUGGCACUUCCAUAUCUGCUCAUGACGGACGAGAUCGAGAAGGGGGCGAAGCUGUUGGACAAGCGAUUCCCGGAGCCUAUACUCGGUGAAUUAGAUAUUGUCUCGUUGGUGCUGGAGGUUCAAAUUCCCCACUUCAUCGCGGAUCUAGAUGACUCUCGGAAAAGGCUUUUCGCAGAUUCGAUGAAUGGGCCCACACCGGAUGUUCCUAUCCAAGACAUCUUUGCGCUAUAUCGCCGAACAAAGACGUUACUGGGAAUGUAUCAGGCAUUCUGUUCAAGCGGUCACAUCGACUUUGACUUGGGUGGAUUCUUUGAGCCAUACGUCCAGCAGUGGCUUGUGAAUACCGAUAGUAAGACUACUCAAUGGGUACAAGCAGCUAUUGCUGCUGACAAGUUUCAACCUGAGGGUACGGAAGGACAUAGUUCAUCGAUCGUCGACUUGUUUGAUUCUCUACGGAGUCCUAUCACCUUUCUCGAGGAUCUCGAGUGGGCGGACGAUUAUCAGGAGGCCCGAUUCUUUACCAGUCUAUCCAAGACCAUCAGCAAGGCAAUUGAACAGUACUGUCGCAGCGUGGAGGAAUUGUUUAUGGCAGAAAUGUUCCCAAGACCUUCUGAGUAUCUACAGCCUCAGAAGUCGUCCGCGUGGCUCGAGAAAGCUAAACAAUUGACAAUCACUGGUGAAAAGAAGAUUGAGCCAUUUACAUUUCAGCCCGAAUCGUGCGUCAAGCUCAACAAUGUUGAAGCAGCCCGACGAUUGUUGGACAAUAUGUAUACCCAGAUGCAGGCAGACAAGAAGAUGGAGGUCCUGGAGAGUGCUCCUCCGGUACCCGAGAAGGCUGAACGAGUGGAUCGGUUCUUAUUCACUGUCAAAAUUGUCAUCGCUGAGGGAUUGAUCCCACUGGACAGCAGUCCAUCGUCCAAACUCGACACCUUCGUGACUCUCAGCGACGAGCAAGGCAAUCGGCUGGCUAAGACACGAACUAUAUACGAAACCCUCAACCCCCGAUGGGACGAGACGUUCGACCUGUCCGUAGAGAAACCACUUUGGCUGAUGGUCAGCGUUCGUGACCGGGCGCUGAUUGGCAAGCAUGAUGUAGUUGGAAGGGCCUACAUCUGUCUUGACCCUCGGCGAUAUGGCGACUUCCUCGCUCAUGAUCAAUGGAUGGAUUUGGACUCUCAGGGACGGAUACUUCUUCGAGUCAGCAUGGAGGGCGAGAAGGACGACCUGCAAUUCUACUUUGGUCGCGCAUUCAGAUCACUCAAGCGAGCGGAAAGCGACAUGGUCCGCGUCUUCAUUGACAAGGUCUCGCCUUUCAUUCGACAAUGCGUCUCACGCACUGUUCUCAAGACACUUGUCAAGUCGAGUUCUGGUAGCAUCGACUACAACAAGGCGCUGGGCAAUGUGACCGCACUCUUUGGCCAAGCGCUUGGUUCCAAUAACUCCGAAGUCCAGAUACCACUCCCUUCAUCCGAGAAACCCCGCAUACGGCCAGAAGCACUCUCCGAUUUGGAGAUUGAGCAGGCCAUUGUACCGUUAUUCGACUAUCUCGAUGCCAUCCUGCCCACCUUUAACACGUAUCUCAGCGACUCGACGAAGGAGAUGGUGAUGACGAGAGUGUGGAAGGAGAUUCUGGCUGUUGUCGAACUGUUGCUUAUCCCCCCACUGUCCGACAUUCCCAGCGAUAUGAAACCGCUAAGUGACAAGGAGGUUGACAUUGUAUUCAAGUGGCUAAAGUUCUUGCGCGAUUACUUCUACGCCGGCGGAGAAGGACCUGUUCCCAUCGAGUCACUCCAGAACCAGAAAUACCGGGACGUGCUUUCGAUCCGGCUGUACUACGACUGGCAUACUGAUGCCCUGAUGGAGGAGUGCGUCCGCAUGAUGCAGCAGGCGCUCAAGGCCACGCCGGCGGUGAAGAAGCGGGCAAAGAGUGUGUACCAACAGCGCAACCUCGGCACGAUCAAGAACCGCAAGAAGGAGAAGCAGCAGGAGAAGGAGAUCAACAAUGGCGAGACGAUCCUCCGAAUUUUACGCAUGCGACCAAACACCUCCGACUUCAUUGCACAGCAGUUGCAGACGAUGACCAGCAUGCAGGCCGAGCGCGAGGCGCGCGAAAAGGAGAUGCGGCAGCGGAAGGUGCAGCGGCCACGGCAGGGCCAGCAAUCAAUAUCGGGCGUGCCGCCCGUCCCUCCGGUUCCGCCCUUGCCAUCGAAGGCGGCGUAG